CUUUUAUUUUUAAUACCCUUUAUUUUAAAAUGAGAUUUAUUUCACACUUUAUACAUAAAUGAUAAUUUUAAUUAACUUAAAUAUGUACGUAUAUGUUAUUACCAGGGCAGCAUAUUAUAUACGUAGAGGUUCAAGUGAGAAAAUAAAGUAAGGAAGUCGGAAAUUUUAGAAAUAUGGUCAUACCCUACUCUUUUGGUUUUGUGUCUCCUAUGCCAUUGGAAAUAGAAAUUUUAAGUAAAAUCCAAAUCUUAAACAUGUCACCCAUAAUCUAAUGAAACAUUUAACGCGGUGGAAAAAAUAUUGAAACGUUUUACAGAACAUUUUAAUGAGUCGUUGUUGUUGAGUCUAAAGCAUUACAUAAUUCGAGUGUACCUGAACACAGCAGUAGCUGGCCCUUGGUUGUUUUUGGCUCACUACCGCCCCCUACCUGAAACCUAAACGUAAUUCUCACUGAUGACGUCACUGGCAGAGUUGUCAUGGCGUCUCUGAGAGCGAAGGUGCUGCUGCUGCAAUUUAGCUAAAAUCUGUCGAUAGCCUGUUAAAUCGAAAUGGAGAAAAAUGCGAGCGUGAAUCGAGACAGCGACGGAAUUUCCGUGUGUGGCAACAUCACAGCGGAGAUUGAAGACUUCAGCGCUGUUGGCGGAGUAAAAGCAGCAGCGCAGAAAUGCAGGAACACCGAGGCUCCUCUCACUACUUUGGUCAACCCUAGUUGUAAUGACAGCAACACAAAUGUUGCUGCUCACAUCGCUGUCACUGCCACAUCCAGUACCGGGGACGUGCCAAAGCCGGCGGAAACUCUCCCGCUUCAGGAGACUGUGAAGGAGGAAAGUCGGGCGGGCAGAGUGCAGUCCGGGUCCCAGGAUGUGGUCAGUAACGGGAUGGGUCCUGAUGAGUCGGUGCUGGCUGCAGGAGAUAUGGAGGGUGUUGCCUCAAAGUUAGUAAACAACAAAAGCGACGGUCCAUCCUCACCUCCUGCUAAGGAGUGCACAUACAAUAGAGGUGAGGUUCUAGCUGCACAUGGAGAGAGUGAACCGACUAAACCUGCUAAGCCUACGGUACUGUGUCCGAACAAUGAAAUCAAAGCAGCGGACGGAAAGACGGGGCAGUCCGGAGAUCACACCUUAUCGGAGGGAUUACAGAGUGGGAGUGACCGCGAUCCCAGCCUUGGUGGCGAGUCCCGAAGCAUUGAUUCAUUGGACUCCUUCUCCAACCUGAACUCCUGCCCCAGUUCCGACCUCAACAGUGAGGGACUAGAGGAUCGGGGGUUGGCCCUGGCCCUGCAGACCGAGUACGGGGCUGAUGGAACAAAAACUUCGUGCAGUAAGGACCGAACUGCGGGUCAGUCCAUUUACCACAUUAAGUGGAUCAAGUGGAGGGAGGAGAACACACCGAUCAUCACCCAGAACGAGAACGGGCCCUGUCCACUACUGGCUAUUAUGAAUGUCCUUCUGCUGGCAUGGAAGGUAAAGAUGCCUCCCAUGAUGGAAAUUAUAACUGCAGAGCAGCUGAUGGAGUACCUGGGAGACUACAUUUUGGAAACCAAGCCUAAGGAAAUAUCCGAGGCUCAGAGACUAAACUAUGAGCAGAACAUGAGUGACGCCAUGGCUGUGCUGCACAAGCUACAGACAGGUCUGGAUGUGAACGUGAAGUUCACGGGGGUGCGUGUCUUUGAAUACACACCUGAAUGCAUAGUAUUUGAUCUCCUGGACAUCCCUCUUUACCAUGGCUGGCUGGUUGACCCCCAGAUGCAGGACAUUGUCAAGGCAGUGGGCAACUGCAGCUACAACCAGCUGGUGGAGAAGAUAAUAUCCUGCAAACAGUCAGACAACAGUGAGCUGGCUGGUGAAGGUAUCGUAGCAGAGCAGUUUCUGAGCAGCACAGCCACUCAACUGACGUACCACGGCCUGUGUGAGCUGACGUCCACUGUACAGGAGGGAGAGCUCUGUGUCUUUUUCAGGAAUAAUCACUUCAGCACCAUGAUCAAAUACAAGGGCCAACUCUACCUCCUGGUUACAGACCAAGGUUUUCUGACAGAGGAGAAGGUUGUUUGGGAAAGUCUGCAUAAUGUCGACGGGGACGGCAACUUCUGUGAUUCAGAGUUCCGGUUGCGACCGCCAUCAGAUCCGGAGACCGUGUACCGUGGCCAACAAGAUCAGAUAGACCAGGAUUACCUGAUGGCGCUGUCGCUGCAGCAGGAGCAGCAGAGUCAGGACCUCCAGUGGGAUCCACUCCCUGAGGGCAUCAGCGAUCUGGAGCUGGCCAAAAAGCUGCAGGAAGAGGAGGACAGACGAGCAUCCCAGUACUACCAGGAACAGGAGCAGGAGCAGGCAGCGGCGGCAGCGGCAGUACAGGGCCACCAGGAGCUCGCCGGGGGAGAUGAAGCGGACAGAGGAGGUGCAGGAGCAGGGGGAGCAGCAGGAGCCGGUGCUGCUACCGCAGCGACAGCAGCUGGAGCCACAACCAGCCCAGGAAAACAGUCCUCGAGCGUAGAGCGCAAAGCUAAGAAAGAAGCAAAGGACAAGGACAAGGACAAGUGUAUAAUUUUGUAACAUACAGAGUGUCUGUGUGUGUGUGUAUGUAUGUAGUAGUAUGUUUUGUGCGUAUUGUUUUUCUGAAAGGAAAGCGACAGCAUAUGGUUCUCCAUGGACCGAAACACCAGACAGAGCCCCAGUGGGUGAGGAAACAUGAAGAGAGGGAAGAGACUUGUGAGGACUCUCAGAGGAUGAGCUGUCUCUGAACCACUGGUGCCUGCAGUCCUCAACACCAAGACGUCAGAGGAAGGGACGCUUCCGCAACAACUACGACGACUACCCCUGAUCUUUCAUAAUGUUGGCCAAACUUUGUUACAAGUUGCACAGUGCACUAUAUUUGUGACUAGGGGUCAAAUGUAUGUAGGGUGGAAUAUUUUAUAGUGAAGAAAAUCUAAAUCUAAACAAAAUUAAGAUAUAAUCUAAAAAAAAGAUGUUAUGCUAUUCUUAUAUUUUCCACCCCAAAAAUAUUCACUAACUUUUUGUUAUUGUAGCUUAUAAUAUAUCUUUUUUUUUAAAUAUUAUUAUUCACUAAAUGUAAACAGAUCCCAUUCUUUGGGUAUUGUUGCAUCAUUCACUUUGCUUAAAUGCCAAGUUUCACAUUUAAUUUAUGUAUUUGCUUAAACAAACGAAGCUUUGGCAGCAUUUUUGUGUUUUGUUAAAGCUGAAAGGGAUUUUUUUUUUCUUAAUAUUGCCUGUUGGAAAUUAAUGUAACACUGCAGUGUCAUUGUCCUUGCCAGAGAGCUGCCACAUACUGUAGCAUCAUGACAGCACUCAGUCGUCACAUCUCACUCAGUAAUCUUGGCCCUUACAGAGGGUGGUGCUGUUGUACUGCUCUUUGAAUAUGUACAGCACAGUAUAUGCUGCGUGCUGUACACUCAGCUCAUUCACUCACACAGUGUCAAAAAGGUAAACUGGUUUUAAUUGGACAUGGCCAAAUUACUGUGGUUCACAAGUCAAACUUCAACCUAAGGGCAUGUGUCCUAAUUCUAAAAACAAAUGUGCAGCUUUGUGGUUAUUAAAAGUAAUUUUCAACAGAUUAGAUGUAGUAUUAGACUGAAACCUUUUACAUGUGUGAUGGUUCUGAAAGAACGUUUUUUUGUCUUUAUUGCAAGUGUCUUAAGAAGUGGAAAUGCCACAGAAUUCAGUCGUAUGGAUGUAAUGUUCACCAAAACAAUUGUUGAAAUAAUAACGAUAAUUAUCAAAGAGAGAAAAUAAAUUCCUACCACAGCAAAUUAUAUAUAUAUUUAAAAAACAAGCUAAUUAUUUAGGCUAAAUUUAAAGAAUUGGCACACGAUGACCGAAGGUAAGUCAAGUUACCACAAAAAUCUAAAAAGUGCUCAAAGUGAAUUGGUAAACAUGGUUGACCAGAAAGUUACAUGAAAGAAUCACACGGUUGUAUUACAUCCUAUACACUGAUAUUCUGUGGCAUCAUCUUGAAGCUUGUGCACAUUUCACUGCAGCGUCAAAAAAUACAAAUGUACAUACAUAACUGUGUAAUCCGUUCUCAUGACAGACUGAGUUUGGGUCUUGUGCCACUGUUGCACCAUGGGACUGCCUCCUGCAAAAUGUUUCUAUCUAUACAUUCCAACUGGAUGCCUUUUUCUUCUUCUACAGUUAGAGGGUUUUCGCAGCAGCAGGUCUCUGCAGUGCUGGUGAGAAACUCUUCACUGCUUUUCUCUGUGAGAGCAAAUACACUGUCAGCACAGGACAAUGACUUGGAGGCAGCAGGCUACCUUCAGGGUGGGGACCUGACCCUAACAUGUAUGUGUGUGUGUGUGUGUGUGUACACAUACACAUAUGACACCCGACCACAAUUCAACAUAUUUUCUAAGACAAAAGGAAACAGAUGUAUCAUCGUACAUUGAGACAAUCCAUGUCGACUUUUCUUCCACUCAAACAUCAGGCCUUUGACAGAAGGCUCACUUUCUCCAGAGUCUUUUUCAUAUUUGUAAAGGCACAGUUCCUCAGCUGGAUUCACUUUCUUCCUAAUAUUAAGGCUUCGGAGGAUCCAACACUAUCCUGUCACUGGUUUAAACUUGACACUAAAAACUCUUAUUAGCUGCUCCUUCUCCAAUUACUUGGUAUAUAAGGUAUCUUAUUGAACAGGGUUAAGGAACAUUGUUAACUGUGCAAAUGCUUUUUAAUGACUCCUAAGAACUUUGUUUGAAUAAACACCGUUACAACAUAAUCAUCAGGUAAAAGCAAACAUUACAGCUUUGUGGCAACAUUUGUGCUUUUUCUGUUGGUUUUCAUCCAGUUUCACCUCCUUUAUGUUUAUUCCCCAGUGUUUCUCAAACUAAUAUAAAGAAAUUACUUUUUUUUAACCUACAUCUCUUAUUGUCUUAUUAUAACAACAUAUAUGUAUUUAGAAGUACUCUACUCAACAAUACACGCAAAUCUUAAAAUUAGAAUAAACAGUAAUGUGUCUGUGUUGGUAAACACAACACGUAGCUCCUGUCCAUCUCCUGCAGAGGGUGCUAUAAAAGCCAAUUUUAACAAAGUACAGUAUCCUAUAAAACGCUCAUAAAGUUCUCUUAACUGUUGAGCUUUGCUAUUUAACUAGCGUUAGCGCAUUAAAAAACCUUGUUGAGUUUGUCAGGAGUUAAUCACAAAAAGACAGACUACGGUGACAGCUGCCGUUGGUUCUGUGUGUGGCUGAACAGCUUUGACUCAGUAAGGAAGUUAUGAAUCACAUCCCUUGUGAUACAUAAUUCACAAUUUUACAAAAACUUGACAGGGUAGGUGUUGCUGCAAAUAGAGAGACUAGAAUACAUUUAAAUUAGUCAGUUAAAUUGACUGAUAAGUGAAGGGGAAAAAAGCAAGUUUUUUAACAGAGAAAAUAAACGAACUUGUCUUAAUUGUUUGGGAAACACCUGGGGGUCGUUCAGUGUACAUGCUGAUUAAACAUUCCAGUUGACGUGAACUAAAUGUUACCUAGAGCAGUAGGAGUCAGUUUAAAGACUUCAUGUUGGUUAUGGUAAAUUUCACAUUAUCUUUUUAGAUAUAUUGUGCAUCACCUUUAGUCAUUGUUAGCAGAUAAAGAUAUACUUUUGUUGUACUGUGUUUCAGCCUCUUUCCUGCCAUGAAUGUCGGGGAUGAGAGAAUAUUGUGUUUAAUGUCCCAGUGUGAUUUCUUGGUAUGUCUUUUGAAAGUGAUGGUGAGGUUCAGUGCUGUUCACUUGCUGCUUGUUUACACAUAAUCAUUGUAUCAUUGGUUUUGCACUGUUACAUUAUAUGCACUAAUGGAAGAGAAACAUACCUCAUUUUAUACACAACAUCAAUGUGCAAGAGUGCUAUUGUUCUUUGUUACCUUUUAACAAUCGGGUAAUACUUAAAAGAAUUAGCACAAAGGCAAUCACAUUAAGCAGAGUUUCUCAAACGACGGGCUGUGACCCACAGUGCUAACUUCUAAAGGUUGUUAGUUACAGUUAAGAAACAGUUAAACAGAAUCAAUCAGAACUUUCUGUUAAAGUAGAUAAAAAUAGUGCUAUGCAGUGAUGAAGUGGUUGAAUACGAUACGGCCUACUGUGUCUGUCUACUUUAGAUAUUUUUAAAAGAGCUACACAAAAAGUACAUAUGCAGAUGAAACCAAAUCAAAAACAGUAUGGGAUUGCCUGAACAAACAGUAGUUAUACUAUUCUUUCUCAAUUAGUUCGUUAUAGACAUCAAUGAUAUCUUAUAAUGAACUGGUUCUUGUCGCAUAGCACUUUUGAUAAUAUAUUGAGUACAGUAGGAUAGCAGGACAGCUUCUCUUUGACUUAAUUGCAAGAAAAUUGCCACAUUCUCCUUUAUUUACAAUUUAUCAAAAUCUAAAUUAAUUGACAUACAAAUCUUUUUUAUCCAAGUGUUUCUUUAAAUGGAUGAGUCCAAAUGUCCAACAAAUGAAAUGUGAUAAAGUUGUUUUUUCUGCUCUUCCACAAUGGUAAAGCAUCCUUAUUCAGAGUGGAUUAAAACAAACUUUCAAUUAUUUCUUUUUUGAUUUUUAACAAAUAAAAGAUAUUUUCUGCAAGUUACAGAGUACAUUUCUUGAUAAGACUUGAGUGGGCAUAUUUUCUGAAGAAUUAAAAGGAAUAUACUCUAGGAGAACUGGAUUAAGAAAGAACAUUUAGCACAUUUACCAUCAGUCAUACGUGUAUUUUAAACAGCAUAAAAAUCAGGAAAUCAUUUUAGGGUGCUAUAUUACUCCAUAUGCCAUAUGUUGUUAAACUUUUGUAUUUCCAAAUUUAUUUGGAGGGAAAUGUGGCAUCUAAAAGUGAAUAAGGGCAUUUUCGAAUGCAUUAGUUUGUAUUGAUCAUCUAUUUGAAAGGAGAUUCUGGUGCUACAACAGAUCCAGUCACUUUGAUUAAUGCCGAUGAAGCUCUCACUAAGAGCGCAAUGUCCACAGGGUGACAAAGUAAUCAAUAACAUUAGUAAUAUAAAUUAACACCAAAAGCCAGGAGACAACAGUGGUGUCCUAUCAGUCAGGAACAAGUAUAUAACGGAAUUUGACUGAAAGAAUUGCAUUAUCCAAAAAAAACCAGAAGAGAAAAAAACCCUCCAAAUACAAAAUCAGACUCUAGGUAAGUGUAGAUGUCUAAACA